GGCGGCGGCGGCGCGCUGCGUUGUGGGAGGGAGCGGCUCCACCAUCAUGGCGGCUUCCAUUUCGGGUUAUACGUUCAGUUCCUUGUGUUACCACAGCGCCAACAGUAACUCGGAUCACGAAGGUUUUCUGUUGGGAGAAGUGAGGCAAGAAGAGUCCUUCUCUAUAAGUGAUUCUCAGAUAAGUAACACAGAACUACUGCAAGUUAUAGAGAUCCAUAGACAUGAGCCAUGUACAAAAUUAUUCAGUUUCUAUGAUUACGCUGGCACUGUCAACGAGGAAAGACUCGAUCAGAUUCUCAAAGACAGACGGAAAAACGUGAUUGGCUGGUACAAGUUUAGGAGAAACACUCAGCAGCAGAUGUCCUACAGAGAACAGAUUUUGCACAAACAGCUGACUCGCAUCCUCGGAGUACCUGACCUCGUCUUCCUUCUCAUUGGCUUUAUCUCAACUGCCAACACUUCCACUCAUGCCUUGGAAUAUGUGCUCUUCAGACCUAAUCGCAGGUAUAACCAGAGAGUGUCUCUUACAAUUCCAAACCUGGGCACCACCAGUCAGCAGGAAUAUAAAGUGACGUCAGUGCCAAACACAUCUCAGAACUACGCCAAAGUGAUCAAAGAGCACGGUACCAAUUUUUUUGAUAAAGAUGGUGUGAUGAAGGACAUUCGAUUAAUUUAUCAGGUUUAUAACGCUUUGCAGGAAAAAGUGCAGGCUGUGUGCGAGGAGGUGGAGAAAAGUGAGAGGAUUGUUGAAUCCCAUCAACUAGAAGUAAACGAGCUGCAAGCACAAAUUGCCAAGAGGAAAGCAGAAAAGCAGCGUAAAGAAAACCUGCUUCAGUCCAUGUUAAUCCAGACAGAAGUGCCUGCAGAGAACAUGGUAACGUUUCCUUCUGGGGACAGCGAAGGUGCCACAUCAAGACCACAAGACCUCCUUCCACCACCUUAUUCAGAAGACCGCGUCAAUGCGGACGACGGUGUGGAUAGCCCCCCCGACAUGCCAAGGCCGCAGGCCGUGGGCGCAGCAUGCCGCCUCCUUCAGGAUAUAAAAGACGGCGUUACAGGUGCCUCUAAGACGUCCGUGAAUGAAGACACAGACAACUCGCAGAGCGAUCAUAAAAAGUUGCGGCACCGUUCAGAUUCCCCCGACAGCGAGAUGGCAGAGGAGCAGACAUACCACGGCAGCACGCAGCCGGACGGGGAGCUGGCACAGCAGUGACUGUCCCCCCCGCUUUGUGCCCUCAGACCAAUAAAUAGGGAUUCUGGCGAUGUAACGUGGAAUGUAAGCAAUGUGAAGCUGUCAGCUAUUUGGGAGUUUCCCAGCCACUUAUGUGUGAGCUUUUAACUCCCAUCAGCUUCCUGUACUCACUGAUUUUCUGCAACAUCAGUUCUGUUGAGCUGAAAGUACACUGAGCUGCCUGUCCUAUAUCUCAUGUAUAUUUCGAGCCAGUACCUUGCGGAGACAUUAUGUAGAUUAAAGGGAUGACUUGGUAAAUAAGGGAGGCGGGACAAGCAAUUCACAGCCUAUUUUUCUUUUCUUUUUUUUUUUU